CCACACCCCUGCAUUUUUUAGCAGGCAGUGACACUGCAUCCCUGUCCCUCCUGGCUUAAUGGAUAAAACCUUUUUGGAUUGUUGCCCCAAACCUAAACAACAGGGAGACAUGUGUCUGCAAACUACAUGACAAUGCUCAAAUGAAAGCAGACAGGCUCAAGCACCUCGGUAUUAUUAAUUCACCAAGCUUGAGCAAAGUCGCAGAGGAGUUGUGCUGUGACACUCAGGCUAAAGCUUGCAUGUACAGGGAAUGUCUCUCAUGUAAGAACAAGUCUCUCACACAAACCACAAGUACUGGUAUAGCAGGAACAGAAGCCACAUGGUGGUACCAGUGGCUCACGAAAAAAGAAGAUUAUGAAAAAGAAAAGGAUGGAAAAAGACAGAAGAUAACUGUUACAAAAACGGUUAAACAGAGAUGUGAGGGCAGCCCAGAGCACCUUUUGGAAGAUUUUGAGAGAGAAAUGAAAGCCAAAGUGUGCAAGCACCUGUUCAACAUCCACCACCAGUACACACAGCUACAAUUCCUGCAUAGAUCUCUGAAAGAAGAAGAAGCUAUUCUUCACAUUGACUAUGCAGAAAACUGGCAGUGCAAAUAUGCAAAGGAGGUGCAGCAAGUCCAUUUUGGAGCAUCCCACAGGCAGACUACACUGCACAAUGCUGUUGUGUACACCACAGAUUGUACACUGACAUUCUGUGCCUUGUCACCUUCCAUGAAGCAUGAUCCUCCUGCCAUUUGGGCUCAGCUUGAACCCGUUCUUCAGUUCCUGAAGGAGAACCAUCCGAGGAUCCAAAAGCUCUUCUUCAUCAGCGAUGGGCCGACCAUGCAAUAUAGAGGAAAGAAGAACUUCUAUCUCUUGAGCACCAUUCCUUUCCAGAUGGGAUUUACUGCUGUAAACUGGAGUUUCCUGGAAGCUGGUCAUGGGAAAGGGCCUGCCGAUGGCGUUGGAGCCACCAUGAAGAGAACUGCUGAUUCACAGGUAGCCAGGGGCACUGACAUACCCACAGCGAAAGCCCUCUAUGACACACUCCUUCCUCUCACCAAAGUCAAGCUCCUCUAUGUGGAGGAAGACCAGAUAAACAGAGUGAGCACACUCCUUCCAAAAGAGCUCACCACCAUCAAAGGUACACUGAGCAUUCAUCAAGUUGUCUGCACUACGCCUGGCAUUAUCCAUUAUAGAGUGCUCAGCUGCUUCUGCAGCAGAGAGGUCAUCUGUCCCUGUUUCCUACCAUCGUCCACCAACAUUGCACCACAAGUACAGCCUGGAAGAGAUGUAAGAACAUCUGAACCAACAGCCCAAGAAGAUGUAAGCCAUGCCACCUCAAGCUCUGGGUGUGAAGGGACUCUCUGUCCAGUUGAUGACAUCACUGAAGACCUUGUUGGAAAGUGGUGUGUCAUCACAUAUGACGAUGACCCAUAUCCUGGAAUCAUUGAGGACAUAGAAGAAGGUGCCCUUGAGGUCAAUGUCAUGCACAACAUUGGGCGAAACCGCUUUUAUUGGCCGCGACUAGAGGACAAGAUCUGGUACACAGUGGACAAGGUUGUCACCUUAAUCCCUCCACCAGAAGACGUCACACAGAGGCAUGUCCAGAUCAACCCAAGAGUGUUCACCGCAGUAUGGGAAAAGAUAAACUUGUGAAUGGAUUUUUGAUGGUGUAUGACACUGAACCCCGUUAAACAUACAGUAACAGUUAGUUUUCAAUGUUUUCUUUUUCAUUUUUACUGAACCCAGUUGGGUUAUGUUUGUACUUUAAAUGGUUCGCGACGAACAAUUGUUAUGUCCUUAAGAUUAAAUGA